UCAGUUCAUGUGCUUCUCUUAGGUAGGAUAUUUUUAACUAUAAUAACAAUUCAACUAUUUGAACAGCUAGGUGAUCCUCAAACUAAGGGUGCAUCCAAUGCGGAAUAUUACUUGACAAACUUGCUUUCUGAUCACCCCAGUAUGAAGGUGGACAACUUCCAGCAGCUUUUCUUCUCUCUUUUUUCCCCCUCAUAUGUUUAUCUGCCUUUUUGUUGACCAGAUUUAGGGUGUUCUUUUCUACAGGCUGUAGUCAUUGAUGAAGUGGACUCAUUUCUCUUUCGGCCUCACUUGGGCAUGCGAGCCAAAUAUUAUGCUGUAUGUCCUUUUCAUUAUAUCCUUUAAUUACUUCGAACUGCUAUUUCGGACAAGCACUUGAUCUCUGCUUGCCAUGUGCAGGUCAACUUUUUGAGCCAAAUUCGACUGAGCAAUAGAGGAGAUGGACCUAAGGUUGCAAAGCGUUUGAUAGAUGUGUACUUUGCAUUAUUCAAGGUACCCAGGGAUUUCAAGGAUGUAUCCUGUACAUGUUCUUACUAAAUUUGGGUUACAUAGAUAUAUGGGUAUAUACAUCUUUUCGAGAUAUAUGAUAUGGAACCAUCUUGUUUUUAAGUGCUGAUCACCGAGGCAGGUGUUGGUCAGAAAGCAGAUAAAGACACCAAAGCUGAUGAUAAAAGUACUUCUGGUCCUUCCAAGGAAGGGAAGGUCAAAGCUUCACAAGAAUCUCAUAUUGAGAUGGAUUCACGACUUCUUUCAGCUCUUUUAGUGGUAAGUUCUAAUCCCUACCAUGCCCCUCCAGGAUUCACAGAAAGAUGAUGCUUUCGAAUCCAUGCUGAUUGCAACUCAUGCUUGCCUUUCUCCUAAUCUCAUCAGGGGGUCGUUUCCUUAUGUUUCAGGUAAUGAGGUUGAUGACAUCAUUGAGUGCCAAACACCAACGCUCUUCCAGUUGGAAAGCUUUCAUGUUAACUAAUAUCAGGCCGAUAAACGACAAAGCAAUGCCAUCGAUGAACUCGGUUCUGUAUCUUUGAAGGCGAUUGAUGCAUUUGUUGAUGCAGGUUCACUCUCAAAACUUCAAUGUGGGAGUUCAAGCCUUGAUGCUACUUGAUAAAAUCUCUUCCAAGAAUCAGAUUCUCAGUGAUCGUUUCUACCGUUCCUUGUACGCCAAGCUUCUACUUCCAGCUUCCAUGAAUUCUUCCAAGGUAAGUGAUGAGCUUUCUGCUUUUGUCAUUUAAGAAACUAAGCACCUCAUUUAUGCAAGCGAAUAAUUUCCUUCCUACAAUAAUAUUCUUCAGGUGGAAAUGUUUAUUGGCCUCAUCCUUAAGAGCCAUGAAAAAUGACGUGAACUUGAAGCGUGUCUCUGCAUUCGCAAAGCGGCUGUUGCAGGUUGCUAUGCAGCAGCCACCUCAACAAUACACUUGUGGAUGCUUGUUUCUGCUCUCCGAAUCUCUCAAAGCGAGACCCCCUUUAUGGAAUAUGGUGCUUCAGAGCGAGGCCGUGGAUGAAGAAGAGGAACAUUUUGAGGAUGUUGUGGAAGAUAACACCAAGGUAGAUCCUGCUGAUCUACCUCCAAUGGAGGAAAGCAAUGAGAAGGCAGACCAUGAACGUGAAUCUGAUGACUCCUCAUCUUUCGAAGAUGAUGAAGAAGAUAAGACUGUCGCCUCGAGUUCAGACGAUGAUGCUGGUCAACUGCUAAGAGAAGAUCAUUCAGAAAAAUUAGCAUCGACACCGGAAUCUAAUAAUAACGCAAUGCGGACCGCGCCAGCUGGUGGGAGCUCCGAGUACUCGCUUCCCAUGCCCAUCCUUCUGUAUCCACCAUGGCUGGAACGACCUGUCGCUAAGUGCCUUCCUCGACAAGUUCAUGGAGAAGAAACCCAAGCAGAAGGAAUGGCAUGGCGGCUCCCAAAUCGAACCGUCCAAGAAGCUCGACAAGGACAAUUGGCGGUUGAUAGGAAGAAAAGACGACGGCCGGGGAAAAUUAGCGGCGGUAAGGGUGCUUCCCCGUUUGCAAGUAUGGAAGAAUACGAGCAUUUGUUGAAAGAGGACGGUCGUGACUGCGAAGAUGUAACUCCAAUCAAGGAGAAUAAGUCCGGCCAAGGCAAGAAGCCAAAAUCGCGAAAGAAGCAGCAGAAAACGACGACUGAUUGAUUGAUUUAGAACGAUACACAUGCUUUCUACACAGU